AGCCCCCCGUUCCCGAUGCCGCUGCGUUUCGCCCCCCUGCGCCUCCCCCUGCGCCGGCGGCUGCAAACGGCCGCGGUUCUGCAGUGGGUCUGCACCUUCCUGGGCCUCGGCCAGCUGUGCGUGCUGCUGUUCGUGCUGGCGCUGCGCGGGUCGCUGUGGCUGCCGGCGCUGCUGUACGCGGGCUGGCUGUGGGCGGACCGGGACACCCCCAACCGCGGGGGGCGCCGUUCCGCCUGGGUGCGCUCCUGGCCCGUCUGGAACUACUUCCGGGACUACUUCCCCAUCUCGCUGGUGAAGACGGCGGAUCUGGACCCGCGGCGCAAUUACGUGUUCGGGUGCCACCCCCACGGCGUCUUGGCCGCCGGCGCCUUCGCCAACUUCUGCACCGAGGCCACGGCCUUCGGCGCCAAAUUCCCCGGCCUGAGGCCGCACGUGCUCACCCUGCCCUGCUGGUUCCGCCUCCCCCUGCUCCGCGAGUACUUCAUGGCGGGGGUGUUUGCCCGGGCGCUGAUUUCGGGGUGUCCCCGGUUUGGGGGCGCAGGGCUGGUGUCGUCGUCCCGCUCCAGCCUGCGGUUCCUGCUGAGCCGGCCGGGGGGCGGCCACGUGGCCGUGAUCGUGCUGGGGGGCCCCCCCGAGGCGCUGGACGCGCGGCCCGGCGCCUGCACCAUGAGGGUUUUGGGGCGCAAGGGCUUCGUCAGGAUCGGGCUGGAGCACGGGGCGUCGCUGGUGCCCGUGUUCAGUUUUGGGGAGAACGAGCUGUUCCGGCAGGGUGCCCACCCCCCCGGCUCGGGGCUGCGGCGCCUCCAGCUGCGGCUCCAGCGCCUUUUCGGGGUCACGUUCCCCCUGUUCCACGCCCGGGGGGUGUUCCAGUACGACUUCGGGCUCCUCCCCUUCCGGCGCCCCAUUCACACGGUGGGUGAGUGAACCCCGAAAUGGGGGGGACCCCGAAAUGGGGAGAGAAAUGAGGGGGGAACCACUAAGUCAUGGGGGGGGAGAAUGGGGCGAAACCCUGAAAUGGGAGGAACCACUAAAUCAUGGGGGGGGA